AUGGCGGCGGCUGGCCGGCUCCGCGACACCACCGACUCGCACUUCCGCGGCGUGAGGAAGCGCCCCUGGGGCCGCUUCGCCGCCGAGAUCAGGGAUCCCGCGAAGAAGAGCCGCGUCUGGCUGGGCACUUUCGACACGGCCGAGGAGGCCGCCCGCGCCUACGACGCCGCCGCCCGCCGAUUCCGCGGCCACAAGGCCAAGACCAACUUCCCUCCUCCCACCGAUUCCAACCUUGUGCACCUCACCCUCGGCCGGCCGGCGAUGCUCAAUCUCCGGCCCGAGUCGCGGCAGGAAAUUAUCCAAGUGAUUAACCAAAUGCGGCGCCCCACGCUGGAUUUUCUAGGGAGCGAUUCAGAGUCGUGUUCGGCCGUGGUGGACAUGCCGGGAAGAGGCAUCGCUCUCGAUCUCAACCUCCCUCCUCCCGAAUAUACUUAG